AUGUCUCGCGGGAUUUCAUUAACUAGGAGGCUUACCUUGCCUCUUGCUGCGGCACGCCAUCAGACGCGGUUAUUCUCCGCCGAAGCCGCCUCUCACCACAGCAACAAGACACAAGUCUACAUAUCAAGGUCCAAUGAUCCGCUAUUGAACCUGUCCGUGGAGCAUAGACUUCUACAAAUAUCACCGCCAGAGUCUACAAUUUUACUGUUAUACGUGAACUCGCCAUGCGUGGUCUUUGGUCGAAACCAGAACCCCUGGAUGGAGCUUAAUCUGCCUCGACUAGCACAGAUUGCAAACCGCCCAAAGGACAUUGGAUGGGACGACUCAGCGGUUAGGCUUGUUCGGAGGCGGUCUGGGGGUGGAACAGUCUUUCACGAUCUUGGAAACGUCAAUUUCAGUGUCAUUUGCCCUCCACAAGCUUUUGAUCGGGAUAAGCAUGCGGAAAUGGUGGUUCGAGCUUUGAAGAGCCUAGGACGACCAACUACCAGCGUCAACAAGCGGCAUGACAUCGUCAUAGAUGUCCAAGUAGACGGGAAACCAGCAGGGAGUACGUUCAAGAUAUCUGGGUCUGCGUACAAGCUUACUCGCCUGCGGUCACUACAUCACGGUACAUGCCUUCUUCGCAGCCCAAACCUUUCGAAUAUAUCAGGCAUGCUGCGCUCCCCGGCUGAGCCUUUUAUCAAAGCUCGAGGCGUCGACAGUGUUCGCAGUCCAGUAAGGAACGUCGAUGUGGAUGUUGAGGUGUUUAAAGAUGCUGUGAUCAGAGAAUUUGGCACCAUGUAUGGUGAGUUUGACUUGCGUACGGAGUUCGAUACACACGCGUUACAGGACCCGAAAGUGAAGAGCGGUUACGAGGAACUGCAGUCUAGGGAUUGGAUAUAUGGCCAAACACCGCGAUUCACCUUUUGCACUCAUCCGUUUGAAGAGGAUCCUAGGGAGCGACCUGAGUUACCCUUUGAUUGCAAAGUCCAUUUUGAAGCAAGGCAUGGCGUUAUUGAGCGGUUUGGUGUUGGGGAGCGGCAAAACUUCAACCAAGAGCAACUUAUUUCGAGCUCAAUACAAGACGUAUCCGAUUGGCAAUCUCGUCUUUCUCAAGCCGGCCUUGGAAGCAAAGAUGCCAACCAGAUUGGAAUUUGGAUGAAUCAAGUUCUCGGCACUGAGUUUACAAAUAUCCCAUCCCCUGCUACGCUCUAA